AUGUCUGCACCCAAAUCCUCCUCCAAAACCUCCUCCAAGACCUCUUCCAAGUCCAAGUCUUCCAAGAGCGAUUCUUCCAAGGUGCACAAAUUGGCUCUAAAGGGCUCCUCCAAAGUCGUCAAUGAGUUUUUCGAGUACUCCGUCAACACCAUACUCUUCCAAAGAGGUGUUUACCCCGCCGAGGACUUCACCGCAGUAAAGAAGUAUGGGUUGACCAUGAUGGUCACUGCUGAUGACCAGGUCAAAGCCUACAUCAAGAAGAUCAUGGGCCAGCUGAAGGAGUGGAUGUAUGGAGGCAAAAUCUCCAAGCUUGUUGUCGUCAUUACGAGCAAAGAGACUGGCGAGCAUGUCGAGCGCUGGCAAUUCGACGUUCAAAUUUACGGGAAGAACACCAAGGCGAAAUCUUCCGGGAAGACGGCAGACCAAGAAAACUCCGUCCCAGACGCUAGCGAAGCAUCGGAAGAGAAGACCGAAGCUGAGAUCCAGGCCGAGAUCCAGUCUGUAUUCCGCCAGAUCACAGCAUCCGUAACAUUCCUGCCCAUGCUCGACGGAAAUUGUACCUUCAACGUUCUUGUUUAUGCUGAUGCUGACUCCGAGGUGCCUCUUGAAUGGGGUGACAGCGAUGCCAAGGAAAUCAAGAAUGGCGAAAAAGUGCAGCUGCGAAGCUUCAGCACAAGUAACCACCGUGUAGAUACUCUGGUGAGCUACAGGCUUGCCGACUAA